GCCUCCCGGUAAUCCGCUGAGCCGCCCGGCCAUUGAAACCAUCCAAUCCAGUUGAACUCGAACUGGACUUUUUUUACGUUCGAUUUCAAAGCCGCUUCAACUCGACCUCAACAACCCCAGCACGAUACCCACGACCUGUUGCGCCAGUCUUUCCUUUCAGUUCGAAGACAUUCCAUUCGCUAGAAUUGUCAGAUUUCAAAAUGGCCACCGCUCCCGCUCCCGCUCUCAAUGCUUACCGACACCUAAUGCGCGCGGCGCGAAUCGCCUUCCAAGGCGACGCCCCUAUCCUAUCUGCAGCUCAGCUUCAGAUCCGCAACGAGUUCCGCCAAAAAGCCUCGAUCGAUGCUGCCGAUGCUUCUGCAGCCAUUAAGCAUGCCGAAGAGGUAGCAAAGGUCCUUCGUGAGAACGUUGUUCAGGGUCAAAGAACAGAGGAGGGCAAGGACACCUUCAAGCUGAGAAUACAUGAAGACAUUGAGCGAGGCGAUAACGAGUCUAUCAAGACAGCUGGCAAAGGCACAGUCGGAGGUGGCUGCUGCGGUGGUGGUAAAAAAUGAGAGGAGACUAUUAGUCCC